CUCCUAAUCUGUGCAGGGAGAAAUGGGAACUCAUCGUGGCCAGCCCACUGACUCGCUGCUAGGCACCUGUUUGGUUGGCAAAUACUUUGUACCCAGACCUUCAUGCUCAGAACACCUCCACACCUGCAGUUAGGCGUCAGCCAGCAGGUAGUCUCAGCAGAUCUUCCUCACUCCUGAUCAACUCACCGAAGCCAGGACCCUCUGCAGCACUCCCGCCGGAGGCUGUCCUCUCCCGGUAAGGGCUAAGAAGAGCCCUUCCCCCCAACCAGCACCAGGAUCUGGAAAAGGAAUCUCAGUGGUGCUUCGGAAGGCCCAAAGCUAAAGGAGGUGCGGCCCGGGGAGGGGCCAGGACCAGGAACGUGCCCGGUACUGCCCAGUCUUUGUCUGCUGCCUCCGGAUGCACAGCGAUGGGGGAAUGGACCAUCUUGGAGAGGCUGCUGGAAGCCGCGGUGCAGCAGCACUCCACUAUGAUCGGGAGGAUCCUGUUGACUGUGGUGGUGAUCUUCCGGAUACUCAUUGUGGCCAUUGUGGGGGAGACGGUGUACGAUGAUGAGCAGACCAUGUUUGUGUGCAACACCCUGCAGCCCGGCUGUAACCAGGCCUGCUAUGACCGCGCCUUUCCCAUCUCCCAUAUCCGUUAUUGGGUCUUCCAGAUCAUAAUGGUGUGCACCCCCAGUCUCUGCUUCAUCACCUAUUCCGUGCAUCAGUCGGCCAAGCAGAGAGAACGCCGGUACUCUACUGUCUUCCUAGCCCUGGACAGAGACCCCACUGAGUCUAUAGGGGGACCUGGAGGAACUGGGGUUGGGGGCAGUGGUGGGAGCAAGCGAGAAGAUAAGAAGUUGCAAAAUGCCAUUGUGAACGGGGUGCUGCAGAACACAGAGAACACCAGCAAGGAGACAGAACCAGAUUGCUUAGAGGUUAAAGAGCUGACUCCACACCCGUCAGGGCUGCGCACAGCAGCAAGGUCCAAGCUCCGAAGACAGGAAGGUAUCUCCCGCUUCUACAUCAUCCAAGUGGUAUUCCGAAAUGCUCUGGAGAUUGGGUUUCUGGUGGGCCAAUACUUUCUAUAUGGCUUUAGUGUCCCAGGGUUGUAUGAGUGUAACAGAUACCCCUGCAUCAAGGAGGUGGAAUGUUAUGUGUCUAGACCUACUGAGAAGACAGUCUUUCUGGUGUUCAUGUUUGCUGUGAGCGGCAUUUGUGUGGUGCUCAAUCUGGCUGAACUUAACCAUCUGGGAUGGCGCAAGAUCAAACUGGCUGUCCGGGGGGCCCAGGCCAAGAGAAAGUCAGUCUAUGAGAUACGUAACAAAGACCUGCCUCGAGUCAGUGUUCCCAAUUUUGGCAGGACUCAGUCCAGUGAUUCUGCCUAUGUGUGAAAAAGGCAGGUUUGGCGAAGGCCUGCUGAGUGGCUAGGAGCCCCAAGGCAGAUGAUGGAUGGCUCAAGGGGAGCAGAACUGCCCUCACUUCUGUGAUGCUCACUGUCAAGGUCUAAGAUGCAGAUAUGAAGGGGUCUUCAUCAGCACAGAGGAAAGGUAGAACUGCCAUCACAUGGCACACCAUCGAUCAGUUCUACAGAGACUAUUGGGAAGCGUGACAAGAUGACUGAGCUGGACUUCCUUGGGCCUUUCUCUUUAAUGGCCCUUCCUGCUCCAGACGAUAGUGGACUGGUGCAGCUGCCAAGUAAGACUUAGCUCUGCUGAGCUCUGUAUUCUGGUGAAUGGCAUGAGUCAAAUACUCAUUGAUAUAAAAUUUGUGACCCAUCUCAGCACAUCCCUUUAUCCUGGGCUGCAGAAAAAAGAAAUGAUCCCUGAAGAUCUUUCUUCCUCAUCAGCAUGCCCCUUUCUCUCAAACCCAGGAUAGCAUGCCAGCUUUUCUGCUUCCUUGAUCUGGCCUUAUAUUAGCCCUAACACAGUUCAUCUGCAAGCUAGAGGGAUUUACAUGGGGUGCUUUUUGGAUACUGGCCAGGGCAGAGGUUUGCAGUAGAGCCCCAUAUGACUGGCCCUUAGUCAUUAUGAAAACCUUAGGAAUGUCUCGAUAUUUCCAAUUUUUUAAACUCAAAUUGCACUGGUGCUGUUUAUUAGG